UCCGGAGGCGGAUAAUCCCCAUCUCUACCCUCCACACGGCCCUAAUGCAACCAGGAAGGAUUGCUACAGCUCACCUCAAGGGAAACACGUUUUGGAAGCAAAUGCAAAAUACGAACUAGAAGAACACCUUUAGGAGAAGAGGAGAAGAGAGAUGGAUGUUUGCGUUUCCCAUUAUAGUGCGUCCAGCCGAGUCCCUAUAAUAUGACAGCUGCUGUCGCAUUUCAUCUAUUUCGGAGAAGCUACUGAAACAUCAUCCUGCUCGUUUUUUUUUUUAUAUUAUUAUUUCAGCAUCAUGGUGACAUACAAUCUGGUAUUUACUUUCAUUGUUGCGGCUCUCUGGCUGGUCGGUGGAGAACCACAAACUCCUUCUUCACCUGCGACGCAGUUGAAUUCAACAUCUUCAUCCAUCAUCAGCCAAAAUGAAGAUCUGACACAUAAUGUCACAGAUGCCGCCCUGGGAUCCCGGAUUUCUUCUCUAAUGACUCAUCUUCCAACUCUGAAAAACAUUGUUAUUUUCAUCUUCGUGUUAACAGCUGCUCUCAUCACAUGCCUGGUCAUCAAAGUGGUCAGAUCUGGGAGACGAAUCAGAAAAACAAGGAAAUAUGACAUUAUAACGACACCUGCUGAGCGUGUGGAGAUGGCCCCUCUUAAUGAGGAGAACGACGAUGAGGAUGACUCGACCCUCUUUGACGUCAAAUACAGGUGAAUCCCUGCAUGGACGUCAAUACUUUAUAACUCCUGUUUUGCACGGGACAACUCAAGUGAUUUCCUGUUUUUUUUUUGUGUAGUUCAAGUCUUAUCAGAUCAGAAACUUUAUUUGCUGCUUGUGCAUGGCUUUAAUCUGUGAUAAAAGGACUGGAGCCACAUGGAUAUCAUUUGUUUCACUGCUUUGCUGCUGCUUCUAUCAUGUGACACAACUUACCUGCACAAUUCUUUCUGAUUUUAGUAAGAUCAGAAUGACAUUUUUUGUUGCAUUUGCUGACAGUUGUUGUCAUUUAAUUUUCUACACUUGAACUACAGAUGGUUGGGCUGAGGAGUUUAUAGUAGAAAGGAACCAGCGCCUGCUUUCAAACUAUGAUAUGCCCAUAUUAAAUCAGUUGUUGGAUCAACUGUUAACAUCUAAAAAAUAUUACGCGGAGAAUACUUUAUUCAAAUGUAAAAAAGUGCACACUUUGAAAAUUCUAUUGAUAUACAGCAAUUGAUAUUUUUAACAAAAAUUUCAUACCAAAUAUAUUUCUAUCUACUAACCACUUUGUUGUGCGUAUAUAUAUACUGUUGAAGGCAGUCUGUCCUUAUGUAUGAAGUAAGCGUAUAUUUUUUUAAUGUAUGUUGUUGACAUUCCUGUUUUGCUGCUAUCUCAGCUGAAUUACGUUUUUUGAGGUUCAAAAUUGAUUAAAAGCUCAAAUAAUAGAGUCAGGGUAUAUUUGUGAGGUGUUUAUGAAACAUGACAUUUUGUUAUGAAUGUGAAAGCUGUAAUAUGUUGUGAUCAAGUGUGUUCAAUCAUGUGACAAUCUUGUUUAAUCAAGUAACUACUGAAAGAUAUCAACAACAGUAUUUAACAUGCUCGACACGCACCCAGUAUCUUAUUUUCUAAAUCGAAAACAAUGUUACGUCACCAUAUCAUUUCUAGUUACUCGAUUAAAAACGAUCCAAAAAUGAGGUAUCUCUUGUUUGAGAUAUAGGUGAACAGUUAGUAAAGUAUUAGUGGAAAGUUUCCCACAAUAAUACCUGUUAAUGGAUCACUGACUUGUGUAAUGUCUAACUAGAAAUGGCUUGUUUUCCCCCCUGAAGAGAUGCUUCUCCGUGCCAUACAGUUUCGGGUAAAAAGAGAAAAUAAAAAUAAAAAAGCGUUCCUGUCGUUUAAAGUGGCAACACUGGCUUUGAAUGUUGUUGGAAAUGUUUUGACAUGUGGGUUUAAAAUGGAAGUUUUGAUCGUAAAAAAGUAAUUUGGCCCAUGAUAUAAGUAUUAAAUUACUUUAAAAAAAAUCAAAAGCAUCACUGGUUUGUUAAAUUAGUUGUAUCUUUAUUUCAAAAACACAAUAUAUAAUCAACCAAACGUCUGACAUAAAGUGCACAGAAGAAAUAGCAGAAGAGGUCACAAACCCUUCCUCGUCUCUGUCUGCACCCUAAAUUGAAUUACAGUGAACUAACAAUGUUGCAGAAUACCUAAAUUAGGGUUCUGCAGCAAAUGGAAGUGAGGGUGUUGUAGGCGACAUUCUGUUUUUAUCCAAACUGUUAUUUGAUUGAGAGCACCGUGUCCUACAGCUGUUUCUGAAUGACUACCAUCCCUAGUUAACAGAAAAGGUUGUAAAGCCCAAAUUGUACAACAUUUUCUUCCAGGAGAAGGAACAGUGUGCUAUAAACAAAGUUAUUGACAUUCACAGAAGAUUGGAUACAUUUGUUAUCACUGUUAGACAUACAAGCGACAUGAUGAUGAUGAAGAUAAUUUAAUGAAACUGUCAAACACAUAUUUUUGAUAUAAUGAUCUUAAGCUGACUGCUGGCUAUUUUCUGUGUUAUCCUUCAGACUAAAUGACCACUGUUCGUUUCCGUAUUGUGUCAUGUUUCAUUUUAGUUUUACACUGUAUGUGCAGAAAAGUGCAGAUCCACUUUUGUGCCUUUGCUAAAUUUGUCUCAGAGGAGUGUUUUUCCCAUGUGCACUUAUCCUCUUCCACCAUUGAGAUGUCUUUUAUUUUAUCUUUAGUUGUGUGUGAUAAUGUGGAAAAACCCUGCUCAUCUACAGAGGCUGGUUCUGGACUUUUAUUAGAACUGAAUCAUCUGCUACAGACAGUUCCUGUUGUAAAAUGAAUUAAAGUCAUUGUGGUAGCUAUUAGAAGACUGUAGCUAAUUCUGCUAAUCCCACAUCUA